AUGGGUCAGGAUCCCGUUGAGUCCAUCACUAAGUGGUUCCGAGACCAGUUGUACUCCCGGAAGCUGCGAUGGAGGGAAGUGUACCUGGAGGCCUUGUCCCCAGUUCUGGCAGAAUUGGCAGAGAAGGAUGCCGACUUCGGCCUGGCCCUGCAGUGCUCGAGGAAGGUCUACGAGCAGGAUGCGCGUUCGCUGAGAAAUGUUGUUGCGACGUUGGAACGGCAACGGCGGCAGGCUGGUGAGAAGGCCGUGGCAAUCGACACUUCCCUUCACCAGGUCAACCAAGAGCGGGCCAAAGAGCUCCCAACAGCCUCCAGCCUUCUCCUGCGCUCUGCAGCACUCGCUGACAAGGUUUGGCUGGACGUGCGGCUGGAGGAUGUCUCGCGGCUUGGAGCGCCCGUGUCCACCCAGUUGUUCUCGGACCUUCGGCGAGUUCUUUAUCAACUUCUCGGGAGGGACUCGAUCACCGAGACGAAAGGAGAUCAUGCGGGAGUCACAGCCACCAAGAUGGUGCUGUCCGAUGCAGGGUCUCUUCCAGAUGCAAAGGUUGUCCAACGAUGGACCUGGUCACAUCGGUGGCAGAUGUUCCGCGCAAUCGUGGAGCACAAUCUUGUUCAUGUCAAGCGCAAGAACGAGAAGACCAAUCCAGCCCCUGAAGGGGGCGAGGCUGCCGAGCCAGUGGAGCUCAUCGUGCACCGAGCUUUCAAGGAAAACCAAAGUGACGAAGCAGUGCCCGACUGGGCCCAUGGCUCCUUUGCAGCCAUCGUCUUGGAGUAUGUCGCGUCCCUUAAUCAGAGGCCAGAGCAGCCCAUGAUCCGCGAGCACGAGUUUGACAGCUUAGCAGCCACCCUGGCGCUUUGCUGUGACACGGCUCUCCCUGGCGCCCCGCUGGGCAGAGCAUCCUCGCAGGUGCAGCAGCGGAUGUACCAGGUCAAGGAGACCCUUUCGACACUCAUCACCACGCACUUCCACGCAACCUCCGAGAUUCGGCUGCCGCCUCGUGGCACCUCUGUUGCCACGUACUUCCAGACGGCGGCUCAGCUGCUCAUGGACAUAGCUCGGCUGCUCUGGCUUGACGCAGACUUUGGACACGGGUCUAUGGUCUUUUUACCUGAGCCUCGUGAGAUCUUUUCUGCGCAGAUCUUCGCCGCCCUCUAUCUGGCGGGAGCAUACGAAGCCUGGGAAUUGUCUUUCCCAGAGGGUGAGUCUGCCUGGCAAUGGGAGGAGAUCAUGAAUCAGCUGGUCGAGCUGAGACAGGAGGUUCUCUGGUGCCAGGCCUUCCGGACAUGGCGUGAGGAGCUGGUUUGGAGCCUCCGGCCUGGCGUGAUUGCUUGGCCCAGCGAACGGCAACUAGAGGAAGAACGCAAGAAGUCAUCACACGUUGAAGAGCUUCCUAUUGACGAGCACCGUGACAAGAUCCUCAAGCACAUCGAGACGCAUCGAGUUACCUCCUUGGGCGGAAGUCGCUCUACGUCCUUUUUCGACGUGGUGAAGGCGAAGAAGCACAAGUUUCCAUGGGAAACGAACGAUGGCAUGUUUGUGAUGGGCCCCAUUGGAGAUAUGCUCCUGAAGAAGCUGACAGAGCAGGAUGCCACCCCAACUGCCGAUCCUCGGAGUUACUCCACCAAGUCUUUCUGCUCUACCCCAGCGUCCCCAAGCACAGCAUUUAGACGUGGGAAGUGCAAGGUUGCCGGCAGUCGCUGCAAGCGUUACAGUCCGCGGCUCUUUAUCCCGCAAACCCUGAUGGACGGGCUGGAGAUUGCCAACGAGCUCAAGUUUGCGGCCAACAAGUUAUUAGAGGAGGCUGCUGACGAGGUGCCCUAUGGCAUCGAGGAGUCUGGAGAGGGCGAGGCCACUGGUCGGCGAGAAAUCCUGCCAGGAAUUGCUCCCCAUGACCUUGCUUUCGAGUUGGAAGAGCCCAUCCCAAAUGGGGCACCUGUAUUCACCAAGCCUGGCCGGAUUGCACGCUUCAGGAUAAAGGAGGAGCGCUGGCACCGUGAGAUCCAGAUGGCAGGGACGGAGAGCGUCAAGGGAGUCCUGAAACGCCUCAGUGCAGCUGAGUUUGCCUGCAACACGCAGCUGCUGGCCGAACUACGUGAGUGGUGUGACGGCUACAGGGCCAUCAAGGCCAAACGGAUGGCCGAGAAGGCUUACCAGCUUGCCGAGGACCGGGAAUUGGCACUGCAGCGCCGUGCCCGUAGUGCAAAGCGCAGCCCUGACCAGCCUGAGCUCGUGGAGAGGGGUCAGCUGCGGGCGAAGAAGUUGGGCGAACUGGCUGCCAAAGAUGCCGAGCAGCAGAUUGAUGCAGCGCUGGAAAUCUGCAACUGCGGCUACCAAGAGCUCUGGCACGAGGGCCAAGUCUCCUUCGAGGCACCCAAGGUUCCGCAGCGGCGCAAUUCUCGGAGGCUUUCGAUAUCCAGGUCGCCCCUCGAAGCGAUGCCACCGUCCCAUGCUCGUAGCUUCCAGAUGUUGCAGAGCCCUGCUCUGAUCUCUGUGACCACGCGUGCCUGCAGUGGCGAGGAUGCAGUGCUGUCCGAGGGCCGGUUAUCCUUGCGGCAUGCUGGAGCAUCUAUAAUGGCGGCUAGUGCAUGA